AUGGCUUCCGUGGCCCAAAUCUCUUAUCGUCGCCCAUCUCGCCAGGGUUCUAGACGAGCCUCUAAAGACACGCGGGACGAGUUACAAGUGCACAUAGAUCAUUAUAUUGGAAUCGAUGUUGGAACUGGCAGUGCCCGUGCCUGUAUCAUCGACAAUAAGGGGGAUAUUGUUGGCCUAUCCUCCGAAAACAUUGGUCUUUGGCAACCCCAGCAAGGAUAUUAUGAACAAUCUACGAACGAUAUUUGGCGAUGUAUCUGCGUGGCCGUUCAGCGCGCAGUUAGCCAACACAACAUUGAUCCAGAGACCGUGAGAGGAAUCGGAUUUGAUGCGACAUGCUCAUUGUCGGUGUUCUCCAAUGUUACAGAUGAACCUAUCUCUGUGACGGGGCCCAACUUUGACUCGGACCGCAAUGUGAUCCUUUGGCUCGAUCAUCGACCCGUGGAGGAAACCGAGAAGAUCAAUGCCACAAACCACAAUCUACUACGCUAUGUUGGAGGGAAGAUGUCCAUCGAGAUGGAAAUCCCCAAAGUCCUAUGGUUGAAAAGAAAUAUGCCACAAGAGCUCUUUGACCAAUGCAAGUUCUAUGACUUGGCUGACGCCUUAACUCACAUUGCCACUGGUGCAGAAAAGAGAAGCUUUUGCAGCGUCGUUUGUAAGCAGGGCUAUAUCCCUGUUGGUGUGGAUGGGAGCAUAAAAGGCUGGCAAGAGGACUUUCUGACGGAAAUUGGCCUUGAAGAUCUGCUAGAGGAUAAUCACAAGCGGAUGGGAGGUGUCAACGGGGUGAAUGGCGAUUAUCUUAGCGCCGGUGAACUUGUCGGCACCUUGUGCGACAAAGCUGCCUCAGAGCUGGGCCUACCCUCCGGAAUUGCAAUCGGGAGCGGCGUCAUUGACGCAUAUGCAGGUUGGAUCGGCACAGUCGGUGCUAAGGUUGAUCUGGAGUCGGAUCAGUUGAGCUCUGAUGUCGCCAAGAAUGACAAGGCACAGGCUUUUUCUCGGUUAGCCGCCGUCGCUGGAACGUCAACAUGUCAUCUUGCGAUGUCUCCGAAUCCAGUCUUUGUCCCAGGCGUUUGGGGGCCUUACCGCGAUACCAUUCAGCCGGGAUAUUGGAUGGCUGAGGGUGGCCAGUCUGCAACUGGAGAACUGCUCAAGCAUGUUAUUGAGACUCACCCGGCGUUCAACCAGGCAGUCUCGAUUGCUGAGUCGUAUAAUGCCAACAUUUAUGAGUUUCUAAACGAACACCUGAAUGAAAUGGCUCACGACCAAAAGGCUCCUAGUAUUUCCUAUCUAGGCCGACACUUCUUCUUCUAUGGUGAUCUCUGGGGCAACCGUUCUCCUAUCGCGGAUUCGGGAAUGUCGGGAUCUGUUGUCGGGCUGACGAGUGACAAGUCUGUGGAUGGUCUCGCUAUAUAUUAUUAUGCCACUCUCGAAUUCAUUGCGCUCCAGACUAGGCAUAUCGUGGAGACAAUGAACAAAGCUGGUCAUAGCAUCACCUCCAUUUUCAUGUCGGGCUCUCAGUGCCAGAAUGACAUACUGGUUAAGCUGAUCGCAUCUGCGUGUGAAAUGCCUGUACUCAUUCCUCGUUAUAUUCAUGCAGCUGUCUGCCACGGGGCAGCCAUGUUGGGUGCCAAAGCUGCUAGUGCCGAUGCGGAAGGCAAGACGGAGGAUUUGUGGGAGAUCAUGGACCGCAUGAGCAAACCAGGGAAGAAAGUCGUCGCGACGAAGGAUGAGACUGAGAAGGCCUUGCUCAACAUCAAGUAUAAAGUCUUCUUGGAUCAAUGUUACAAGCAGCAAGAGUAUCGAGCCCUUGUAGAUCAAGCAGUGGGCUUAUGGAAGUCCUAG